AUGGACCGUCAACCGGCUGAUGAUAUUCGACGCUAUCAUCCGUCACCUCAAGAGCAGAGUAUUUUAACACCUAAUCUAAAGCUAUAUUUUUCAUAUCCAGAGAGAUCUCCAGAUAGGAGUAGAAUUUCUGCUGAAGUUGCUGAAGAACUCUCGAAAUUUUCUAAUCAUUGGACAAAUAGAACAGUAAGGUUAUGGUUUAAUAAUAAUAAAAAGCUUGUUGGUAACGAAAAUAAAGAAUUAGUUGACUCCGGAACAGAACCAGAAGUUAAAAAAUCCAGUGGACAAAAUGACAGUCAGUCAGAGGGUACUUCUGGCGCUUCGAUUGGAACUACUGAAAUGCCGAUGCAAACUAAUUCUCAUACAAAUGCACUUCGGAACCUCGAAGAUGAAGCAGCUUGGGUAGCAUAUACAAGUCCAAGAAUGCAAGAAAUCGUAGCAGCUUACAAUUCUAUCUGUUUCAGUGAUCCAAGUACGGCUACAUUCUCAUCUCUUAAAUCCGCCAACUACAUAGAAUUUCCAGCACCUCCUCCUCGUAUUUUACCAUUUGCAAUUAACGAUCUCCUCAAUAAAAAUGACAUUCAAAUCGAUACUUCCAUAUGGAAAAACCGCAAUUUCCGAUCAACGCUUUUACCACCACACGAAGCAAAUUGCAUUACCAAUGGCUACGGAGCUUACGUUUCAAUGGCUAAUGAUACAAAUAGUCUCAGCUAUACAAUACAUCCAGAAUUCUCCACCGAAUGGAAAGUCAUUCAGUUCCCUUAUCCAAAUAAAAUAAAUUCAAUUACCAUAGGUAAGAAAGGUGAUCCUGCUUGGAUGGUCUCAGGAAACACAAUUAUCCGUAUCGCCCUUGAUACAGCUCAACAGAACAUUGCUGCCUUACCAGUACAGACAUUUACCGAUACACAUAUUGCCACCGGCCACGGAUUCGUUGCUUUCGUUUCGAAACAACAUAAUACGAUUUUCUUUUCCAACGACACGAUGCAAGUCUAUCCUGUGCAGCUUUCAGUUCCUUAUACGGGUAUAUCGAAUAUAUGCGUACAAGGGGAGAAAAUAGUUUGCGCGCAAAUCAAAAGUACAACUUGUAGUCUGUUCGACCAAUCAGGAAAAGAAAUCAGGCCUUUUAUCGGCCACAGAGCACAGAUAUCAGAAUUCAGUAGCAUUUCGGAAAACAUUUUUUGUACAUGUUCGUUCGAUAAUUGUAUCAAGAUAUGGGAUGUUCGAGAACCUAGAUCAGUGGCAACAUUCUUCGCGGGUGGGCCUCAACCAACGACUAUUACGUCUAGCACAAAUUACAUCGUGUCUGGUUAUUCUGAUGGAAAGAUUCGCGCAUUCGAUAUUAGACAUAAACAGGCUAAAGCAUGCUUGGGAGUCGAUUUGAACAGACAAUACGCUUCUACGAUAUCGUUUAACGAUAAACUUGAUGCCUUAUCUAUCUUUACUUCUUCCGGUGAAGAUGAGGGUUAUUGGAAGGAUUCUCCCGACCUUAAUUAUAGAUUUACUAUUCUUUCACCAUUUAUUCGCUUAUAA